AUGAAUUCUAUUCGCCAAGUUCAGGCGCUCAAUAAGCGCGAGCUUGAGCAUGCGAUACCCCCAGAGGCAUCAUGGCAUGCAGACUACCGCGAUACAGCUUAUAUCUACAUCGGAGGGCUUCCAUUUGAUCUAUCCGAAGGUGACAUUAUAGCGAUUUUCUCACAGUAUGGAGAACCGGUGCACGUCAAUCUAGUCCGCGACAAGGAAACAGGCAAGAGCAAGGGAUUUGCCUUUCUGAAAUACGAGGACCAGCGCAGCACAGAUCUUGCUGUGGAUAACCUCGGUGGUGCAAGUGUCAUGGGCCGUUUGCUUCGAGUGGAUCAUGCGCGUUACAAGCGGAAGGAUGACGAGGAAGAGCAAGACAAUGUCGCCAAAUUGAUGGGAGAUCCGGCUAUCAGCGAGAACAAGGGCAAGGAGGACGACCGGAGAACGAUCACCAAAAUAGAAGAGAAGCGACCGGUGUUGAAAGAGGAGAAGGAGCUGGAAGAAUUGAUUCGGAACCACGACGAGGAAGACCCGAUGAAGGAAUUCCUUAUCGAGGAGAAGAAAGAAGAAGUCGCUGCUGCUAUCCAGUUGUGGAACAGCACCAAGAAGUCGUCUCGGCGACGUGACGACAGCCGAGAACGAUCAAGCCGGCACCACCGCCGACACCGCUCUCGUUCUCCUCGGAAAAGCGAUCUCGCUGCAGGUCAUCUGAAAGAGCAAAACCUAGAAGGGACCGAUCACCGAAGAGAUCGCGGUCGCCUGAGUCCCGAAGAUACCGAAGUGAUCGGGAUAGACAUGAUCGCCGCCAUUGAAGGAAUGUAUGAGAUAUCGUCAUAA